AUGGGAUGUAAACCUUCAACGACGCGGCCAAAGCGUUCCAAUCUACAUGAAAUGUCACGAAAACCAUUUGGGCAUGCUCAGACCACUGUAACGGCGGAAUCGAGCGAAGAAGAUAACCGUGACAAAAAGAAUUUCAGUACGGAGUCUGAUAAAAAGAAAACGGCCAAAGUUCCAUCGUUGCAGGUUGGUUUCUUGGGUAAUAUGCGGCUGUAAGAUAAGAUUUUUAAUAUGCAAUUGAAUUUUUUAGCGGAAUUUAAAUAGAAAAAAUAUUUAAAUUUUUUGAGCGAAAAAUUGCUUUGGUUUUUAAAUUUUAGGUAACAAAGCAAUCUAUGUUCAAUUGAGGUGAAUAUGAUAGUUUAUAAAAGAUUAAGAUUAUACGACAUUAUUAUAGAUUCAACCGACUCAAGAAUCAGCUGAAUAUCCUACAUCCCAUCAGAAGCAGAAUGCAGCUAAAAACAAAAAGCCAGAGGAAGCAAAACUGAAGAAUGACAAAGAUCAAGAGUCAAGCGGGAAGAAGAAAAAUUAUGUAAGUUGAUGAUUCUAGGUCAGUUUUUGCCAUUUUUUCAUGUAAAAAACAGUAAUAAUCUUCUGGAGCUUAUGUUCAUCAAUGUGCUUGUCUCUUGCAGAUCAAGAUUGCAAAUUUUCAGAAAUCGGAUGACAAGAAGAGCAAAAACAAAAACGAGGAUGGUUACCAUAAGAAACAUAGUAAGGAAAGAAAGCAUAAGAAGAUUGAGCACGUUGAAAGAGAAAAGGGCGAAGAAUAUGCUAAUGGUAUGUUUACUAUGAAAAAUGACAUUUAUAUAGAAAAAUCUAACGUAUUCUCUGUAAUUUACUCUGAAAUCUCUCUGUAAAUUAAAAUUUUAAGGAACUAAUUCUCCAAUUUAUGAUCUUUUCAAAAAAUAUACUUUCAGAAAUCAAGGAGCUGCGAAAGGACAAACAUGGCCGACGAAUACUGGCCAGGAUGGACACGAGUGAAGAAGAUGACACGUUGUACGAAGUCUACGAGAAAAUGCCUUCGGUCAGCUACGUUGGGGAGAUUCAUCCACCUGAAGCUCGAGCAUCUAUACCUGCUAGAGUUGGCACGGACCGAGAACAACGACGAACUUAUGUAUAA